AGUUGUCGGACAGGUUUUUAACACCGUUAUUGUCAUGGUUGAAAUCUCUCAAUGAAAGUCUAUUUUUAGAAAGCAGCAUUGAAUUUUCAAUACACCCAAGAGUUGAUCCAAACAUUGGAGUUUUAGGGAAUACCCUUAAAUCGAAACGGGAGGGACGAAUUAGCAGUUACAAGGAUAUGCAUUAAACCACCGGUAUUCACAGAAAGAAGAUGCUGAAAACACUGUUUGUUUUUGCAUGCCUUUUGGUAUUGGGGAGCACCCAAGUUACUAUUCAGCAGCAGACAUGUACAGAUUCAUCACAGAAAGCAACAAUAAAGGCUGGAGCUGAUGCUUUAGUGGGUGGACUGUUCAGUAUGCACUAUGAGGGGACUGGUGGCUACGGAUGUGGCAGUUCUACCUUAAACAACAUGCAAGCAUAUGAAGCAGUUCGAUGGGCUAUUGACAGAUUAAAUAAGAAAAAUGAAGAACUUAAUGGUGAAUUUCUGACUGAUAGCUAUAUACCUGGUAUUACAUUAGGAAUGUUGUCACGUGAUUAUUGUGACAGGAAGUACCAAGCUGUCAGUGAUGCACAGGAACUAUUCCCACAAUUCUUAUCGGAAGCCAACGACUGUUCUACAGAUAAUGAAAUAAUACUUGGUCUGAUUGGUGCUACUACAAGUUCAGUGACAGAAGAAGUCAGUACUAAAUUCUCUGCCAAGUUUAAGGUUCCUUUGGUAUCUUAUUCAUCAACAGCUACUAGUCUCAGUGAUACAACCAUGCACCCAUACUUCAUGAGGACUAUUUCCCCAGAUGGACCCCUCAUGGAAGCAUUGAUCAGAGUUUUACAAGAGUUGAAAUGGAGUUUUGUCAACGUUGUUUAUACAGAUGAUACGUUUGGUAGAAGUUCCUACAAUGAGAUUCGUACACGUCUAGUUACUGCCGGAAUCUGCCUAACACAAGGCGUGGAAGUGUCAUCUACUGACACGUCAAAUACAGCAAUGGAUAAUCUAUUACGGAAACUGACGGGGUCAGAAUCAGUUGGUAACAUCUAUCUAGGAGCAUCACAAAUUGCUGAGAGUUUGCUAAAUAGAGCUGAAUCCUAUUCUGAUGCUGGUAAACUACAGUGGAUUUUCACAGAUAGUUUAACAUUGUCCAGCUCUUUUACCGGAAAGAAGUAUCCAAGAGGUGUUAUAUCUGUUCUUCCUGGUUCUAGAAAGAUUACAGAGUUUGAAGAUCAUUGGAUUAGAAUCAACGCCACUUCUCCUUCAUCAGAAAACCCUUGGUAUAAAGAUUGGUUCAUGACAGAGUUUGAUUGUUCCCUACCAGGCACUACCAACCCACCACAUAACUCUAAAGCACCUUGUAAAAUUCCCACUGAGAAUGAACGACGUUUUGCCUUCGUCCAGGACCAGUUUGUGGAACCAGCUGUUCAUGCUGUGUACACCUAUGCAAAUGCAUUGAGACGUGCCCAUGUAACCAAGUGUGGGGGAGUUGCAGGCAUGUGUAAUAACUUGAAAUCCAUGACGACAGAAGAUUUUUAUCAAAAUUAUUUAAAAAACACUGAUUUCACUUACUCACGGGUGGAAAGAGUUGAAAGUAUGGCAUCUGCUCAGUUAGAGCCGUACAAUGCACCUGCUAAAGUGAAGUUUGAUAGUCAUGGUGACCUGACUGAUUACAGCUUUGAGAUUUACAGUUUCAAUGAUUAUAGCACAACUGGUACUUACAAGUUUGAAAAGGUUGGUACAUUCUACAACGGAAGACUAGAAGUUGUCAAUACCAAGUUCAUUAUGUAUAAUGCAGCUAGAGAUGCAAGAUUACCAUCUCCACCUCCCUCUCCUUGUCCUACAUCUCCAUGUGCUCCAUGUUUAGGAGCAACUUCAGAGAGUUUAUAUAUGUAUCUUCAUGGUGAUGUCAUUAUGAAUGGUGUAUACCCUGUCCAUAUGGGAGGCAAAGAACCAUUGUCAUGUGGAGAUCUCUAUAAAAAUGGUGCCAUGUUAGUGGAAGCCAUGAGGUGGACCAUUUCUCAAGCCAAUAGUCAAAAUUUAUUGAGAGGAGUAACACUUGGAGGUUUGGCUUUAGAUGAUUGCUUUUCAUCUUUAAAAAGUAUCCAUGAAGUUACAGCCAUACGUCGUCACAACAUGGCAAUUAUGGAUGCAAGUGGAAAUGACCUUGAUCCAGAUUCAAUUGAUGGUUACCAUGGUGGCUAUUUGACAGGACUAGUCCUCCCUCUUGCUAAACUGAUAAACACCAUAAAACGUCCACAGAUUGCCAUUAACCCAACAAGUACAGAUGAUGGAGAAUAUCCAUACUUGAUACACAUGCUUUAUGGCGUUGAUAAACUAAUAGAAGCUUAUAUCCUUAUGUUGAAGAAAGUUGGGUGGAACUAUGUUCAAGCUGUAUAUGAUCCAGAUGAUUUCGCAAUGUCAUUUGUAAGCAAGUUUAAAGAAAUGGCAGGAAAGCAUGGUAUCUGCGUUGUGGCAUCAUAUGAAUUCUCAACUGGCAUGACAGCAAAUGACAUGGUUGAAAAGCUACGAAAACAUUCCACGGUUCAUCCUGUUUUAACAAUAAGUAUGGAACCUCAAAUAAAUAAAAUAUUAGGCAGUCUGAAAUCCCAAAAUGCUAGUGAUCAGUUUAAUAUGCUUACCAUCAUUCUAGGCCAAUCGUCUGAAAACUUUGCCGGAUAUCAAGAUGUUGCCAUGGGAACAAUAAAUAUCAAAUAUCGUAUGCCUGAUAUAGCUGCCUUCCGACAAUAUUUAUCAAACUUAACCCCAAACACUGCUGGCAGUGCAAACCCAUGGUUUACACAGUGGUAUGAAACAUUGUUUAAUUGUUCACUGGAUACCAGCAGUAUGAGACAGUACACGUCAGUUUGUAACAGGAACACAAACGUUGGUUCUGCUCCAGGUCUUUUCUAUCACAGCUCUGUCACAUCAGCCAUCUACGGCAUUUAUGCAUUUGUUUUUGGCCUGCAUGGAACAUUGCUUGAAAUGUGUGGACCAAAUUACAAUGGCCUCUGCUCAAACUAUAGAAAUGGCGCCAACAAGGGAGAUAAGCUGGUUGAAAAGAUAAAGUCUGCUGUAUUCAAUGUAGAUGGAUUGACUAAUAUCCAGUUCAGCAAUGGUGAAAUCAACUUCCCAUUGGAAUAUUACUACUGGAGUGGUCCUACUUCUGCCUGGAUAAAAGUUGGAGAUUUUAAUCCCUCUGGAGGUACCUUUUCAUUCAGUGAGAAUGAUGUCCAGUUAUAUGGCAACAGGAAAACAAGUCAUGUGACCUCAUCUUGUCCAAUGGUAUGUACACAAUGUCUCUACACCUUUCAAGAACAACAGUACAUGCAUAUAGAAGGAGAUCUCCUCAUUCCAGCUAUAUUUGACAUCCAUUAUAAAGGAAGUGGACCAUUGAAUUGUGGGAAUAUUAGAGUAAGAAAUGGUUUUCUGAACUCAGAAGCAUUUGCAUAUGCAUUAGAAUAUAUAAACAGCGGCAAUUCAGCAAUUAAAUUAAAUGGCGUUAAAUUAGGUGGUGUUGGUUUUGAUGGUUGCAUGAAUCCACUCAGAGCUAAUGCUAUUGUGAGUGCAUUCCACUCUCAAUGGUUUAGGAAUGAUGAUGGUAGCACUAAAUUUGCCUUAGAAAAGUCGGUUGGUUGGAUGUUAUACGACAGUGAGACCACCAUUGACGUGAGUGAAAGUUUAGGUAAUUUUAAUAUACCUAUUAUAACUCCUGCUGCUACAUCUCACAUCCUAGAUGAUAAAACCAUGUUUAAAACUUUCUUCCGUACAAUCCCGUCAGAUGGUAAUGUAACAAGAGCCAUGGCACAGUUGGCCAAAGAGCUGAAUUUUGAUUACAUCAUUACUUUAAAUGCUCCAAACAAAGAAAGCAGAGACGCAACGGAACAAUUCAGGAAAUACGCUAAAGCGCAAGGAAUCUGCAUUGCGUCAUCUUAUGAAUUUGUCACUGAUGGGACAGUGGACACGUUAAUGGAAUACAUAGCUGAUUCAUCUACUAGGAUCGUUGCAGUGUUUACAUACCCUGAUCAAUAUGUCGAAGAACUCCUCAUGGCAAAGAGUCGUAAACCAGAAGUGGCUAAUCUGAUCUUCAUGGCUAAUCAUCCAUGGUCCACUCCCGUUAUUAAACAUACUGCUCUAAGAUUUGCAGACAGGUCACUUAUGUUUGGAUCAUCAUCCUAUACAACAAAACUUACAAAGUUUAGAGAUUAUCUAGCAGGGAAGCAGUCCUAUCCACACAACCCCUGGUACAAUGAGUUCUACCAGGCAUUCUAUGAAUGUAGUCUGGGAACCGCAUGGCAGUACCAGUCCAACUGUUAUCCACUUAGAUCUCUUAUUGGAGAUAAGUUUGUUGAGGACAUAACUACAUUACCCACAAUCACAGCUGUUAUGGCCUACGCUGAAGCUAUUAAUAGAGUCCUUAUAGAAAAAUGUGGACAGAAUUACACUGGUAUCUGUUUUAAAUAUUUUAGUGAUGAUGAUACACUUCUCCGAUUGAUGGCUCACCUUGAUGCACUUAGUUUUCAUGAUGUCAUAGAUCAGAUGUUUUACUUCAUAGAAAGAGAGUCCAACCAGAACCUGACUAUUUAUAGACUUGAUUCUGUAUCGUCUUCAGUGUCUAACUUCUAUAACGAAGGAACAGUAAAACAAGAUAGCAUUAGUCUAAGAGACAAGGAAGAUUUGAAGAAUGAGUAUUUGACCAUUCCAGCCACUUGUACUGGGGACUGUUCUAGCUGUUUGAAUCUAGGAGAUGGUACAGAACAGCUGACCUACCUUACAGGGGAUAUCAUGCUUGUUGGUCUAUUUGAUAUUCACAAAGCUGGCAAGACACCCUACACUUGUGGUGAAAUAAAUAACAAACAUGGACUUCAACUCUUAGAGGCUUUCCAGUAUGCUGUAGAAUAUGUAAACGAUAAACGUGGCAUCUUUGCCAACAUUCUAGAAGGUGUAAAAAUUGGCUAUGUAACACUAGAUGUAUGUCAAAGUCCAACAAGGGCAGGUAACAUGAUUGCCAAUAUCCACAGUAAAAAUAUUGAACUUAAAAAUGGCAACAAUGUUAUUAAUCCAUCAAGAUUUGAUAUAUAUGUUGGACCAAUGGACAGCGCAACUUCCAUCCGGGUAGCAGAUGUUCUGAAUGCCUUAGGAAUACCACAAAUCAGUUACGGAGCAACAUCACUUGAAUUGAGAGACUCGCUGAAGUACCGAUACUUUUUACGAACUGUCCCUGCAGAUGAUAAACAAGCAAGAGCAAUAAUUUCAUACCUAAAAAUGUUUGAUUUACGAAAUGUCCAGGUUAUCCAUACAUUCAACACUGUUGGAGAUUUUGGACGUGAGGAAUUCAGUCGUUUAGCGUAUCUCAAUCGUAUAUGCAUUUCACAGAACAUCACCAUUGGCCAAGAUGGAGAAGUGUCUGAACUAGAGGCAACUAAAGCACUCAAUCAACUUAAUAAUUUUACAGAUGCAACCAUUGUUAUUUUGUUUGUUGAUGAUCCAGUGCCACUUUUGAAAGUCAUUGAAAGAUCACAAGAUAUAAGAAACAAAUUUGCCUUCAUUGGGACAGACAAAUGGGGACAAGAUCCUGAAAUAUGGGAAGGACUAGAUAAUAUAAUGCGGGAAAAACGUGCAAUAGCUUUUGAUGUUGAAACUGCAGAUCUGCGCCUCUUCGACCAGUACUUGGAAUAUAAAACGCCAGAAACAUAUACCAACAAUCCUUGGUUUAAAGACUAUUAUGAAUACUUAUACGGAUGUUCAGUAGAUCGUAUUAAUUCACCCAAUCCAUGUCCAACCAAACUGAAUGGUCUUCCAAGAGCUAAUAAGUAUAUCCAAGAUCCUUAUGUAUUGUAUGUUGUCAAUGCAGUUUUCUCUGCAGCCCUUGGUGCACAUGAUGCUUUGGUAAAAUCUUGCAGAGCUGAUUAUGGCGGUGUGUGCAAUAUUUUUGUAACCAGUGGACAGAGAAGACAAAUGAUUUUAGAUGGUGCUAAGAAGGCAAGGUUUACAGAUGCCACAAAGCAGCCAUUUUACUUUACUUCAGGAGGAGAGAGCGAUAGAGGGUACCAUAUCUGGGAACCAAUGCAACAGGGUCAGACAUAUGUUUUAGAAGAUGUUGGUAGUUAUAACGACAGCCAUUAUCUCAAAGUUGAUGCUACUCAUGACCUUCAGUGGACCUCUUUGUGUGAUACACGAGAAACAUGUAAGUGUGUCUUUCCAGAUUACCAGCCGUCACGAUACAUGUUGAAAGAAUCAUCAAAUGACCUUAACCUUGUGUACAUUUCUGACAUCCAUGCAGCUGACCCUUACAAUAGUUUUGCUUGUGGACCUAUAGAUACAGCCUCUAACUUUCAGAACUUAAUGGCAUUUUAUUAUGCUAUGGAUUUAGUUAAUCAAAAUAUAGACAAUAGAUAUCCAGCUACGUUGAAAUUAGGAGGAAUAGCUCUAGAUACCUGCUCAUCUGCAAGUAGAAUUGGACAAGAUUUGUACAGUUUGUUGAGUGGUGAAGGAAUUUGUGGAACAGGAAAUGAAGGCCAAGUUAUCUCCCCUUCGACUGUAAUUGUACAUCUGGCUAAAAAUAGUGCAAAUGCAAUUGCCACAAGUAGUAUUUUGUCUCCUCUGAAGAUGACAUCCAUGAGUCAAAGCGCUACAUCCGUUGAACUUAGCUCUGAUUUACAUGAUUAUUUCUUACGAACAGUACCUCCAGAUAAUAUUCAAGCCAUUGCAAUGGUAGAGGUCAUUCAGCGGUUUGGUUGGGAUUACAUAUCUGCUGUAUACACUGAUAAUGCUUAUGGGCGAGCAGCUAAACAAACACUGUUAGAAUCUGCACAGAAGACGAGCCCCAGAAUAUGCGUCUCUCAAGCCAUAGCUAUGCCUGUAGAUGCUACAUUAGAACAGGCCAAGACAAUAAUAGAUGAUUUGAACCAAAGAGUUGGUGCAAGGGUCGUUGUCUUAUUCGUAACUGGUGCACAUGCUCGUUUAUUACUCCAAGCUGCAACAGAACGUCAGCUGACCAAUAGAUUUAUUUGGCUUGGUAGCGACACCUGGGCAAACAGUGAUUCAAUUGUCAAAGAUUACGAGUACACAGCUGCAGGGGCCAUAACCAUUCAAAUAAAUUCUCAUGAAAUAGAAAACUUCAAAACAUAUUUGAAAUCUCUGACACUUCGGGACCAUAAAGGAAUUCCUGAUGAUUGGUUUGAAGAAAUCUAUCAAAAAUUACAUCAGUGUAGAAUCUUAAACAGUGCUGUUAGCCAAUCAUAUUCUUCCAUAUGUACUGGUGAUGAACAGAUCACCGAUGACAUGGUCCCACAAGAUCCAUACGUUCUUCAUACCAUCAUCUCCGUAUUCAUGGUGGCUCAGGGAUUGAGUAGGAUCGAUGAAUGUACCUCAUCCUCUCUUAGUUUGUCUGCUUGUUUGACGCUACAGGCCAAAAAGAAUGAUCUUAUCUAUAAUGCUAUCAAGAAUGCUGAUUAUAAUGUACUACCCCAAUACAUCAAGGACCCGUUUACAUUCCAGUUCACAACAGAGGGGUAUGGUGAUGUGGGAUACAAUAUCUUAAACUAUAGAAGGAACCAAGUCACUGCUAAGUUUGAAUAUGAAAAGCUUGGUACCUACCAACAGUCCUUGAAUAUAGAUAGAGCUAAAUAUUAUGGUUUUAGUUUUGUUGAUUCUCGUAACAUACCAACAUCUAGUUGUCCAGUUGGAGUGACCUGUCGAUGUUUGAACAGUGACGGCACAGUAGAAGAAAUAAAACGUACUGGUGUGUCUGGGAUAUCCUAUUACCAGUUAGAGAAUGGUCAAUAUGUUGAUGCACAAACUGGACAGAUCGUUAAAGUAGAGGGAGAACCUGAUAUUGAUGACCGAUUCCGUGACAUCUGGGGAAUUAUUGUCGCUACAUUGGCGGGAAUAGGUGUCUUCACAUCUUUAUGCCUGUUCAUCUAUUUGCUUGUUGUUUAUCCAAAUAAGAGUGGCACAUCUGUUUUAGGUUAUAUGUUGAUAUUCGGUAUCAUUCUUCUGUAUGCAUUAAUAUUUCUUUUUAUUGCCCAUGCAACAAGAGAACUUUGCGCCAUGAGAAAAUUCUUAUUAGGCGUAUGUUAUUGUCUUUGCUAUUCCUCAUUAUUUGUUAAAAUUGUUGAUUGUUGGCGUUGUAAGGGCUAUGCUGAAGACAAAGAAAUUAAAUACGAGAAACUUGGACAUCCAUUAGGACUAUUUGUGUGCACCAUUCUCCUUGUUUUAGUACAGGUAAUGAUCAACGCUGAAUGGAUGAUACUUGAAAAACCCGAAAUAGAGAAAAUACUGUACAAUAAUUUUAUAUGGCCUCGUUGUACCCCCAACGAUUUCUACGACGAAGGUCUCAUACUGUCUCUCGUGUAUGUAAUGUUCCUCAUUCUAUUGACAAUAUUCUUUGGUAUAGCUUCACUUAGUAAUCCAAAGAACCAUUAUGAAGCUAGAUGGAUCUGUGGGAUAGCUGUUCUUAGUGUUCCAGUGUGGGUGAUAUUCGCAAUAGUGGCUAUCCUAGGCCCUGUAAAGAUGGGAGAUGCUGCCAUAUCGAUAGGCUUACUACUGAAUGCCACUAUCAUGUUGUUCCUGGGUCCUAUGAGGAAGUUGUAUCUUCUGAACAAACACCAAGAAAGUAUGGAAGAAGAAGAUAUGAAAAGAUUGGAUAGUCAAGGAUUAGGAACUGAUUAUGCCUCCAUGUACGAUAGACAGUAUGAUAACAGUCCAAGAUUUACCGAGGGACAAAGUUACUAUGAAGCUAAUAUGCAAUCAGGUUACGAGGCUAAUGGUCAAUCAGAAGGUGGUCAGAGUUACCGAUAUGAGGAACCAUCGGGAGGAGGUGGUGGCUACAGUUUUGAGGCAGAAUCAGGGCCGGGUUAUACCUUUGAAGCUUCGGCACAGUCUGGCUACGAAGAACAAUCAGGUUAUAAUGAACAGCGUACAAGCAUCUGAUGGAGCAGACGCAUGUUGCUUAGGUGGUGAGAUAGUAAUUUUAGCUAUGCAGUACUGAGGAUCAGCAUAAAACUUUUGCUGCCAUAGUCAAAAGGAAGAUUUUUCUAUGUCUUUUAAGAUUAGUGGUUUUGGAAAAUAAUCUUUCACUAAAGACAAUUCAAUAAGUUACAAAAUAAACAACAUUCUACUGUAUUUCGGUUUUGUAAUACCUAAUUAGUUAAAACUUUUUUUUUUUUACAAGGUAAAGAUGUUUCUUAGAUUUGUUUGUAUCUUACAUAUUUUACAAAGUUGCUGAAUAUAAAAAGAACUAAACUUUCUUUACACUUGUUUUCCUUAUCUUUAAAAAUAUUUGGUAAAAUAUUCAUUUAAGCGUUAUGCAUAAAUAUUCUUUAGUAUAAAAUAUGUACUGAGUUUUUAUUGUAUGGAUAUAUAAUUUUGACUUCCUUAAAAUAGUAAAAUCUUGCCAUUUCCAUUUUCACAUAAUUUUAUAGUGAAAUUGGUAAAUACUGAAAUCAGACAAAGAAAGUCAAACUGAUAGUUGCAGACAAAAAUUAAAACAAACAGCAUUAUGGGAAAUAUUAUUGAUUAAUUAGUUCUUGACAUGAAAAUUGGGAAAAUCAGAUGGAUCUGACAUUUGAAAUUUUGUUAAAGAUUUAUUUCAUUAAACCAAUUUUCAUUCAUUUCAUUUGCAUUCAUUUAAAUAACCAAAUACAUUUUACAUUUAUAUAUAUGUACAUGUAUAUGAAAAAAAUUGAAACUUUUAAAGAAAAAGCAUUAGUCUCUGUAAAAAUGAUAUACAAUUAUAGAUUAAAUUUACAGUGAAAAAUGUUACUAAAAACAAGAGUUUUAAUUGUGAGACACUUAUAAUUGUUUCAUUUUGAACAUGUAUGUAAUAUUUGCCACUGGAUAUAAAACAAACAACAAUCAGUGAAAUUUUAUAUUUGUUUAGGUAAAUUUUUAGUUAAACCGUAGUGUUAUUCAAAACUUGACUGGUAGCUUAUCAACUUAGUUUAUACUCUUUGAAGAUACUUUGAGUUAUGUCCCCUUUUACCUGAAAUCAUGGAUCUGCCAGAAUUUGGCCACUUAUAAAAUUGUCUCAUACAUACACAAAUAAGGGAAAGACACAUAUAAAAUAUGUAUGUUUGUUAAUGCAUAAUAGUUGCCAUGUUUGUGAUAAUAUUUUUUAUAUCAGUGCUUUAUUUUGAUAUUUAUACUCAAUGUAAAUGUUUAUAUAUUUGUAAAUAUAAAUAGUGAUAUGUGUGGACAUUCCAAAUAUGUUUUUAAUAAAACGAUAUGUAAAAUGUUAAAA